CGCUCGCUGGCUCGGCCCCCGGCCCGCGGCGGGGUCGCCCUCCCUGCGCACACACACGCACACACGGGCACACACGCGACGGUGGGGGGUGGGCGUCAGCUGCGGGCCGCCGGAGUGCCCGACGGGGGCUACAUGCUUUGCCCAGGGAAGCCGGGAGAACGAUGGGCGCGAGCUUUGGGGACGCGAGGGAGUGAGCGAGCGAGCGAGCGAGCCUGCCGGCUAGGUGACCAGUCCGGGCCCGGCCAGCCGGCUCAGUCAGUCAGCGCGGCAGCGGGGGCAAGGCCGGGUCCCGCUCGGACCAUUUUAACUGCGGAUCUGCCGCCGGCGCGCGCGCCCGCGACUCUGCUCGGAGCCGCAGGAACGCGCGGCCCGUUCCGGCAGGGGGCGGAGCCAGUUGCGGUGGCGCGCUCGUGGCGGGGACGCCUGCGCCCGCUGCUCACCCGGAACGGCAGCCACACGGCACUACGGGAAGAAGCCGGCCGGCUAGGGUAUGGAGCUCUGGGCUCGCGGGGUGCGGCGCGCGCCCCUCCCUCCAGCCGCCUAAGUUUUUUCCGAAGCUGCUGGGCGUGCGCCGCUUUUCUAAGGCGGGAGGAGACACUUCCGAGCCAGCUGUGUGACAUCCGUUUACACAGCCGCGCUGACGUCUCGAGGUGGGAAUCUUCCAGGGCCCCAGAGCAGUGUUUGAGGACUUAUUACAGAUCCUUUGACAUCUCUACUCGGCUGCACUUUCGCAAAAGGUUAUAACUCUGUCAUCCCGACUAAAGUGGGCAGUGGCACAAUCAUGGCUUACUGCAACCUCAACUUCCUAGGCUCAAGCGAUCCUACUACCUCAGCCUCCUGAGUAGCUGGGAAUACAGGAGACGCAUACUGAAAUAUUUAAGGUGAAACAGUAUUUACAACUUUCUUUCAAAUGAUACUGCAAACGAAAAAAGCAAGAGGGAACAUAGGGUAUGCUGAUUGUAUUAGGGUUCUUUAAAGAGACAGAACUAAUAGGAGAUAUAUAUACACGAAGGGGAGUUUAUUAGGAGAUGAUCACAAGGUGAAGUCCUAGAAUAGACCAUCUAUGAACUGAGGAGCAAGGAGGCCAGUCCAAGUCUCAAAACCUCAAAAGCAGGGAACCCGACAGUGCGGCCUUCAAUCUGUGGCCAAAGGCCCAAGAGCCCCUGGAAAAUCACUGGUGUAAGUCCAAGAGUCCAAAAGCUGAAGAACUUGGAGUCUGAUGUUCAAGUUCAGGAAGCAUUCAGCACGGGAGGAAAAAGAUGGAAGCUGAAAGAUUCAGCAAGUCUGCUCUUCCACUUUCUUCUGCCUGCUUUAUUCUAGCCGUGUUGGCAGCUGAUUAGAUGAUGUCCACCCAGAUUUAGGGUAGGUCUGCCUCUCCCAGUCCACUGACUCAAAUGUUAAUCUCCUUUGGCAACACCCUCACGGACACACUCAGGAUCAAUACUUUGCAUCCUUCAAUCCAAUCAAGUUGACACUCAGUAUUAACCAUUACACUGAUCGUUAUUGAAAUGAGGUGAAUAAUCUGUGGGCACACAUUGCAUUAAGCAGACAAUGUCUUUUAAGUUAUAACAGUGAUCUGAACUGUCACCUUUAUUAUAUACCAAAUUUGGAGGUAUAUUUUUGGAAAGUGUUAUUUUGUUCCAUUCAUCAUUUAGUACCCACACCAGUGCCAUCCUGUUCUAGUUAUAAUUUAAUAAUGUUUCUAUGUCUGAUAGAUCAAGUCAUUAUUAUUUAUAUGUUUCCAAAAUAUUCAGGGUUCAUCUCAUCAAUUUAGACUCUCAGAUGAAUAUCAGAAUCAUUUUUCAGUGUCUCAUUUGACCUUUGGUUAGUAUUAAAUUACAUUUAUAAAUUAAUUUGUAGAAAAUUAACAUAGUUUUGUUUUUAUUUAUUUUUGGAAACAGGGUCUA